UAGUAAAUGUCGUAUCACCAAAACUUCCAUCCCUAGGAAAUGCAAACGCAAAUAAACAAUUGGCGCGCUUUGUGUAUACGUCUGUGAAGAAAUUAAUAUUUUUUAAAAAUGACGACCCGGUUGAAGACUAAUUAUAAAAACUUAUCCAAUAAAUUUGUGAUUAAACCCUUCGACUAUCAAAAACAAUAUUCACAUCUGUAUGCACACCGUCUAGCAGAAAUGACAGCGCUACUAUCUGCUCGUGCAAUGGAGAAAUGGGGAGCAGACAACACUGUUAAGAAAUUAUGCGAUUUACGUGAAGAACAGGAUGAAACUUGUAUUGUUAUUGGAACUAUAUAUAAGCACCAAGCGCACAAGCCAAGUAUAUUACGCGAAAUUUCUGAAGAAAAUCAAUUAGCACCUCAACCACCCCGUGAAUAUUACGCUGAUCCAGAUGACAAAUUAAUAUUAGAAGAUGAGUUGCAACGGGUAAAAUUAGUGGGUAAAAUAGAUACACGCAUAAUGGCUACUGGUGUUGUAUGUGCUGUGUUGGGUAACAUAGAAGAAGACGGAUGCUUUAAUGUCGAGGAUUUAUUGUACUACGAGAGUGGACCACAAAAACCUUUACCAAAAUUGUCACAAUCUAAAAUCAUAGUAAUAAUUUCAGGUUUAGGUCAAAUUAAUAAUCAGAAUUUUUCAGAUGCCUUAAAUAUAUUCCAGCAUUGGUUAGUUGGCAAUAUAAAUUGCAAUGAGAAAAAUAAGCAAGUGGUGCGUGUAAUAAUAGCUGGAAAUUCAGUACGUACAAAUGCUGAACCCCGUUUACCAUCACUCCAAACGCGUCCAACGGAUUGCGUGAACAUUGUGGACGCUGUCUGUGAAUUAGACAAAUGGUUUGCAUCUUGGUCGCAAAGCAUUCCAGUUGACGUUAUGCCUGGAGCUCAUGAUCCAGCUAAUUUCAUGCUACCACAGCAGCCAUUUCAUACUUGCAUGUUCCCACUUGCAACAAAAAAUUCCACAUUUCGUAGCGUACCGAAUCCUUAUGCUUGCUCUGUUGAUGAUGCAUUAAUAGUAGGAACAUCUGGUCAAAAUAUUCAAGAUUUAUUACGUUCAACGAUGUUAGAGAAACCUAUAGAAGCGUUGCGAUCAACACUUAUGUGGAGUCAUAUUGCACCAACAGCGCCAGAUACAUUAGCUUGCUAUCCAUAUAUUGACAGCGAGCCUUUUAUCCUUAAAGAAUGUCCACAUAUUUACUUUGCUGGCAACUGUAAUGAAUUCAAAACGGAAAUGCACGAAGGAUCCAGUGGACAAAAAACUCGUUUAAUAUGUGUACCAAAAUUUUCACAAACGAAAAGCAUAGCGGUUGUUGAUAUAGAAACACUCGAUUGUCAUCAAAUAUGUUUUAAUGUAAAAGAGGAUUGAAAGUCUAAUUGAAACUUUUUUAUUAUUAAACUAUUUUUACAUAGUUAAGAAAAAUUAAAUAAUAAAGAACAUAC